AUGCGUCGCCACUCGCGCGGCUCGGCCAACGAUGCGGCGUCUCUCGCGACUCUGUCGUCCUCUUCGCCGAUGCCGGGUAUCCCGAGGCGAUCGUCGGCGGCCGCAGACAGCAAGCCGCUCUUCGCGACGACACCUCGCCACGGCAGCGCGAGCCCGACGCCGAAGCAUGAGUUCCCCACGACGAGUCACCUGGGUCUGAGCCUUAACGCGGCCGCGCCCUCGUCACAGUCACAAACAGGAGAUUCGCCAGAAUCAACUACCUCGACGCUUGUUCCCUCCACCCCUGAAGAGUCAUCGCCUCCACCCCUCAGUGUGAGCCGCCGCUUAUCAGCCCGCGGUGACCACUCGCCCCCGAAGCUGUCGCUGCUGCAACGCCAGCGGUCAGACCCCCGGCGGUCGCGACCGCUGUCGGCCGGCGAUCUGCCAUCGCCGCCGGAGCCGACGUCGGCCGUGUCACCGGGUUACGAGAUCCGCACCAUCCGCAAGAAGUCGGGCGAGAUCGUCAAGCCGUCACUCAAGACUCGGUCCAUGUCGACGCCCGACUUGGGCCGUGGGGCGCGCACCCCCGGCGAAGAUGGCGACUCCCCGACGCGGUCUUCGCAUGAUCUGCACACGAAAUCUGUCCGCUUCAACGAUCUGGGCGGGCUCGAAUCGGUCGUCCACUUCCUUCGGGGACAGAAGGUUACUGCUUUGUCGCGAUCGCCCGACGAUCCCCCGACCGAAACCGACACGGACAACGAUACGGACCUGUCGGACUUUGUCCACUUCCGGACGAGGCGGAGCCUCGCCAAGAGCCAGGCCGAGGAGAGCCGCGAGGUACAGGUGGCCGCUUCCAGCUCUGUGCCCCGCCUCCGUGUCGAUUUCGGCCCCGGCACCCAGGGUAUCCUCAAGGACGAGUACGUGAUCCUCGAGCGGUACGACUUGCAAAACGCCCCUCUCGCGAUGCGCGGCACCGUGCUUGUCCGCAACGUCGCAUUCCAGAAAUGUGUCACUGUCCGUUUCACGCUCGACCACUGGCAGACCGUGUCCGAGGUCUCGGCUCAGCACGUGUCGCACGUUCCUGCCGCCACCACGGGCGACGAGGGUUGGGACCGCUUCGGGUUCACGAUCAAGCUCGACGAUUACAAGCGCAAGAUUGAGGAGCGCGCGCUCCUGCUCUGCAUCCGGUACAACACGGAGGGCGGACGCGAGUGGUGGGACUCGAACAACGGCGACAACUACCGCUUCACGUUCAAGCGGGCUGCAGCUCGCCGCCCCGCCGCGCGCUCGACCCGCCCGCACUCGUUCCACGCCCACAGCCACAGCGAUGCGUUCGGAUUACCGACGCUCCGCCUCGGUCGCCAGUCGGCGAUGAACAGCCGUGAUGUGCGCAGCUGGACUUUCCCCCGUACCGGUUCUCAAACCGCUCACUCGUCGCAGCCUGAGACCAACGCCAAGACACACCAGUCGAACGACGCCAAGGACAAGGACCCGUCACCCCCGCAGUCACCCCCGCCAAGGGCCGCAUUCGAGCCGCCCGUCCGCCCGGACGUGCACUCGCAUCUGCGCCUGAAGACGUACUGUGCUCCGUCCCCGCCUCCUUCGCCACCGAAGUCCACCAUGGCUGCUCUGCCGCUGGCGCCGGUUCGUGGUCGUGCCGGUGGCGCCGGCAACUCGCCCCCAAUGACGCUCGUGCACGGCCGUCCUGCUAACUCGUGGCCUCCUGCUAUCCCCGUCACUGCUACAAAGCGCGAUGCUGCGACCAGCCCGCCGCGCGACAAGGCCGGUUCGCCUCUUCCCUCGACGCCGCCCUGCACUGGCGCUGCGCCUUUAUUCGACAGCCCGACGCAGACGAGCAGCAGCGGCAGCGGGAGCGAGGACGAGAAAAAAAACUCCAACGGCCCCCGCAAGAGCCGCAGUAACGGCAACUUGCAGGCUCUGGCUAUGGACGACCCAGCGACCGACGCUGCGGGGCUUAUCACGCCCCCGAGCAGCAACUUGUCCUCGCCCCCUACGCCGAGCGCCAUGUUGCCCGUUCCGUUAACUCCGUCGGCCACGGCAUCGGUGGGAUCGACGAACGACUCGUCACCCCUGCUCACCGUCCCGCCAAGCGACGAUGAGGAUCACGGCCCCGGCCUACCCGCCGACAGCCGCAGGAUUCUGAACGCAGCGACGUAUCAGGAGUUCAUUGACAAAUUCUGCUUCUUCGAGUCGCCGCCGACCGUCUCGGCGCCGCUGGCCGAACCGACCGCGUACCGCCCCGUAUGGCCCAAGAGCGGCCUGUCCAGCCCGAGCAACGGGUACGUUGGCCGACACGCUCUGUCGCACGCCCACUCGCCCCGCGCCACGACCCCGACGCAAAAGACGUACGCCAGCGAGGCGGACUACUUCUCGGAGCGCUCUGCUACGCCCACCCUGAGCACGGGCUUUGUCACACCACGCUCGUCCCCGCCGACGCAGGCGAGCAUGGCCGCGUGA